AUGUCGCACUGUUUGACGCUGAAGCCGUCGUGUAUGGGCUGUGGAUCGCAGUCCGAUUUAUACGGAAGUGCCUGUAGACACAUGACGCUAUGCUUGAAAUGCGGUAAAACAAUGGCGGAGAACAAAGCCAAAUGCCUCGAUUGUGGAACUCCCGUCACGCGGUUGAUUCGGGAAUAUAACGUUCGUGCAAGCACAGCGACGGAGAAGAAUUACUUCAUCGGAAGAUUUGUGACUGGUCUUCCUAAUUUCAAGAAGGGUUCUGAGAAUAAAUGGUCUCUUCGUAAAGAUAUACCUCAAGGUCGUCAGUAUACAGAUGCACAACGGGAGAAGUUAAAGAACAGGCCUUGGGUAUUGGAAGAUGAAACUGGCCAGUUUCAGUACCAAGGACAGCUUGAAGGCUCUCAAUCUGCAACUUAUUAUCUCUUAGUGAUGCAGAACAAAGAGUUUAUUGCUAUUCCCGCUGGUUCUUGGUAUAAUUUCAACAAGGUUGCACAGUACAAGCAACUAACACUGGAAGAAGCGGAAGAGAAGAUGAAGAACCGGAGGAAAACUGCUGAUGGGUACCAGAGGUGGAUGAUGAAAGCGGCGAAUAACGGUCCGGCCUUGUUUGGAGAAAGAGAAAUGGAGAAUGAUAAAGAGAGCGGCGGAAGCGGUGGAGCUGGUGGUGGUAGGGGUCGGAAAAAGUCAGCAGGGGGAGAGGAGGAAGAAGGGAAUGUCUCUGACAGAGGGGAGGAAGACGAGGAGGAAGAGGCGUCAAGGAAAAGUAGACUCGGGCUUAACAAAAAGAGUAAUGACGAUGAUGAAGAGAACCCGAGGGGUGGUGAUCUUAACGAUAUGGAUGAUGAUGACAUUGAGAAGGGGGAUGACUGGGAGCAUGAAGAGAUUUUCACCGAUGAUGAUGAAGCAGUCGGUAAUGAUCCUGAGGAACGUGAAGAUCUUCUGGCGCCUGAAAUUCCUGCUCCUCCAGAAAUUAAGCAGGAUGAGGACGAUGAAGAAAACGAAGAAGAGGAGGGAGGCUUGAGCAAAUCUGGAAAAGAGUUAAAGAAGUUGCUCGGAAAGUCUAAUGGUUUGAAUGAAUCUGAUGAAGAAGAGGACGAUGAUUCAGAUGAGGAAGAGGAGACAAACUUCGGUCCAGCUACGAAUUCAAAACAGAAGGAUGCGAUGAAAGAAGAAGCUGUUGAGAGCAGUCCACCAAAACCUGCACCAUCCUCUGUAUCUUCUCGCGGAACACCUUCUGCAAAACCAUCCAAGGGAAAGAGAAAACUGAAUGAUGCCGAUGCUAAAAAGCCUAGCAGCAGCUCCUCCGUUCAAAAGAAAGUCAAGACUGAAAUCGAGUCGAAAUCUUUGGUGAAGGAAGAGAAGAGUAGCUCGGUUUCGAAAUCGAAUGUACCGACAAAAGCAGUGAAGCCUGAACCAGCUUCAGCUGCUUCAACCUCAGCGGCAACGGGGGCAGUGACUGAAGACGAGAUUCGCGCCGUUCUGAUGGAGAAGAAGCAAGUCACUACACAGGAUCUUGUCUCCAGGUUUAAGGCAAGGCUUAAGACCAAAGAGGACAAGAACGGCUUUGCUGAGAUUCUGAGGAAGAUCUCAAAGAUACAGAAGAACGCUGGUUCCCAAAACUUCAACACCCUCUUUCUGGUGAGACUAAGCCUGGAUGCUAAAGUCAUUGACGCGGUUAGAAAUAAUGGCUGGAAUCUUCCUAGUGCCAGAUCAGUGGAGAUAAAACGCUCCAGGUUCUGCUUACUACUUGUCCUCUGCCGUGAAGACGUCUUCUUAUGGCGGUCACCAUCAGGUAGCUAUUCGCAGCGUUUCUCGUCAAAAGGCACUUGGGAGCAACUGAGAGUCUCUUCCCCGACUUUGCUUCUUUCAUUCUAUGGCUAUCGUUCCUGGGAAGGUGACCUAGUAGAGACAGACACAGGAGAUGGGGAAUGCUAA